CCCCGUAAAAGUGAUCUGCUUUAAAAAGCUUCGCGGUUUGUUUUACACUCCAAGUGCAGUAACAGUGGCAGACAGGACAUACAGAAAAUUAAUAACACAUGUGAGUGUGACACAAGACUUAUUUUGGUAGUUUCUUGUGUACAUGCCUAUACAUGUAUAUCUGAUUUGUCGGAGUGGACUUUGUCCUGUUGUGCAAGAGUUUACGGGUAAAACCACGGUAUAUAAAGGCAGCCACCCUAAGAAAAUAAGAAAACGAACUCGUGCCGGGGCCAGUCGAAAACCAUGCAUCUUUUAGCAGCGUGGAUACUGCUCCUUGCCGCUGGCUCAGUCUUCACAGAUGUCUCGCCAUGUGAUCAGUGGGGUGCCUGCAGCCAGCAGUGCUCACAGACGUCACUGGGUUACACGUGCUCUUGUUACCAUGGUUACAUUUUAGACCCGGAUGGCUGGACUUGCAAGCCAGAAGGUACGGAAAGACCGUAUAUAUUGUAUACGCUCCGUCAUGAGAUAAGACUAGUGGACUUGGAUGGACAGGCGUCGGUUGCUCUGGACAGACUGAGAAACACUGUGUCCCUGGAUUACUACGAUAAGAACAGAACCAUAUUCUGGUCGGACGUCAUGGAGGAUAAAAUAUACAGAGGAGUCAUGGACGCCAACCACAUAACCGAUAUUCAAGAGGUCGUUAGUGUUGGCCUGAUAAGACCAGAGGGUAUUGCUGUCGACUGGAUAGUAGAGAACAUCUACUGGGUGGACAGCAAUCAACGCCAGAUAGAGGUCGCCACCAUGCAAGGCAAGCUCAGGUCGACGCUUGUAGCUGGGAAGAUUAAGCAACCCAGAGCCAUUGCUGUAGAUCCCAGUGCUGGUCUAUUAUUCUGGACAGACUGGGAGAAGAACAAUCCUCGUAUUGAGAGCUGUUCUAUGAGUGGACAUGGCCGGGCAGUCGUGGUCAACAUCACUCUGAUGGACAGUGAAGGGGCGUGGCCAAAUGGACUGACCCUGGACUAUGACUUAAGGAGAGUUUACUGGGUGGAUGCCAGGUCGGACACCAUCAGCACGGUACGGUAUGACGGAAGCGACUACAGGGUCGUGUUGAGGAACCAUCGUCUGCUCUCACAUCCCUUCGCCAUUGCUGUGUUUGGCUCCAAUGUGUACUGGACUGAUUGGAGAACCAACUCGCUCAUGGAGGCAAAUAAAUUUAAUGGCAGCAGCGUCCGUGUGGUCCAGAGAACUUAUGCACAGCCCUUUGACCUUAAAGUCUUCCACUCUAAGAGGCAGGCCCAGAUGAAGAACCCGUGUGGUGAAAACAAUGGCGGCUGUUCUCACCUCUGUCUGCUGGGUUUCAAUGGCACAGCGGACUGCACAUGUCCUUACUUCCAUGUCUUACUGUCAGACAGGAAAACAUGCGCCCUCAACAGUACAUUCCUGCUCUACGCACGUCACUAUGAAAUCCGUGGAUUGGACUUAAACAACACCGACUUUGACGCCAUGCCGACCAUGUCGUCCCCUCACGUGGAGAUCCCUAAAGCAAUGGACAUCGACCCUGUGUCCGGCAUGUAUUACUGGACAGACAGCCGUCAUGGCACCAUAAAAAGAGCUCGUAUUAUUGAUGGGACGGACAUUGAAACGGUCGUGAACACAGAUCUGGACAACCCCAGUGGUUUAGCUGUGGACUAUGUGUCUGGUAAUAUGUACUUUAGCACCACCAGGGAAGGUGUGGGCAGUAUAUGGGUAUCUAGGCUGGACGGCAGGCAAAGACUGAAAGUGGUAUAUGAUAGAAAGCCGAUCACAUCACUAGCUAUCCAUCCAAAUAAAGGUAAAAUCUUCUGGACGGAGGAUGGCACCAAUGCCCAGGUCGUAUUUGUUGCCAAUAUGGACGGCAGCAAUGUCCAGCAGUUUGUUCCCGACAGCCUGACCCACGUCGAUUCUGCCUUCAAACUCUACAGUAAGAAUUAUACGUAG